GCCGCCGCCAUCUUUCUUGUUGUUGUGUGGGGCAGAGGUUUACCUUCCCUGUUCAGGAAAAACACUGCUCGUUUUAAAGUAAAGUUCUGUUUUCUUUCAAACUGUUUUCCAGUUAUUUGUAAGGGAGACAAGAUGGCGCAGUACAAAGGAGCCGCCAGUGAGGCGGGAAGAGCCAUGCAGCUGAUGAAGAAGAGAGAGAAGGAGAGGGAACAGCUGGAGCAGCUCAAGCAGAAGAUAGCAGAGGACAACAUGGUCAAGUCCAACAUUGAUAAGAAGUUCUCAGCUCAUUAUGAUGCAGUGGAGGCAGAGCUGAAAUCCAGCACUGUGGGUCUGGUGACUCUCAAUGACAUGAAGGCCAAACAGGAGGCUCUGGUGAAAGAGAGAGAGAAACAGCUGGCCAAGAAGGAGCAGUCCAAGGAGCUGCAGCUCAAACUAGAGAAGCAAAAAGAGAAGAAGAGAAAGGAGGAACAGAAGAGGAAAAUCGCCAGUUUAUCCUUUAAUCCUGACGAUGAAGAAGAUGAAGAAGAAAAUGAAGAGGAAGAGCAGGACUAUAGUCCAGUGAAGAAGAAGAAACUGGGGAAGAACCCAGAUGUGGACACCAGUUUCCUGCCUGAUCGAGACCGAGAGGAGGAGGAGAAUCGUCUCAGAGAGGAGCUGAGGCAGGAGUGGGAACUGAAACAGGAGAAAAUCAAGAGUGAGGAGAUUGAGAUUACCUUCAGCUACUGGGAUGGAUCUGGUCACCGCAAGACUGUCAAGAUGAAGAAGGGGAACACCAUCCAGAACUUCCUGCAGAGGGCCUUAGAAGUCCUGAGGAAGGACUUCAGUGAGCUCAGGUCUGCUGGAGUGGAGCAGCUGAUGUACAUUAAAGAAGACCUGAUCAUCCCGCAUCAUCAUAGUUUUUAUGACUUCAUCGUAACCAAAGCCAGGGGCAAAUCGGGUCCUCUUUUCAGUUUUGACGUCCACGAUGACAUUCGGCUGGUGAACGACGCCACAGUGGAGAAAGAUGAGUCUCAUGCUGGAAAGGUGGUUCUGAGGAGCUGGUAUGAGAAGAACAAGCACAUCUUUCCUGCCAGUCGAUGGGAACCCUACGAUCCUGAGAAGAAAUGGGACAAAUAUACGAUUCGCUGAAGCAGCUCUGGGUCUGCUGGACUCUGUGGGUCUGCUGGACUCUUCCUGAACCCUUUGUGUCAUGUAUGGUUUUGUUGUUCUUUUUCUGUCCUGUUAUUCCUGAGCUCCUGUUUUUUCACAUGUACUUCAGUUCCUGUUGGACCUGGUCCACAUGGACUCAACUGUGGACCAGGUUCUGCUGCACCAGACUGGGUCUGACCAGGUUCUACUGCACCAGACUGGGUCUGACUUGGUUCUACUGUUAGUUGAAUAAAAUGCACCAGACUGUGUGUUCAACUCUGUUCUCUGUUUUACUAAUUCUCUCCAUGUUAGGGUUAGGGUUAUGAACUGUCAGCUCUAAACAUGCCUCUGAACACUAAAAGAACCCGUUGGACCAGGACUGUUCCAGCAGGCGUACUUGGAUCAGAAGUGGCUCCGCCCAUACAGCCUUAAGACAGCCCCCCCCCCCCCCCCCCCCAGUCUUUUCUCCACUCCCUCUUCACUGUGUUCUGUCACUGCUGCUGUUGACUUCACAGCUUUCGAGUCCAACUGGGU